AAAUUGGGUGCCUCUUUUAAUAACACUUAUUUCAGGCUUCAUCUUUUAAAGUACAGUACAGUACUUUUAUAUUGGACAUUGCUGUGUAUACAGGUGACCAUGACGGAUAUAAAACUGAAGUUGGAAAGUGAUGCUGGGGAGACAGACUGGUUGCACAGAGAGCUGGUAGAGCCAAAUCAGCUUCAAUUGCUGUCAUUGACUUCAGGAGUUGAUAGUACCACUGUUGAGGAAAAUGAAAUUAUUGAUAACUAUGAGACUCAAGUCCAACAUUUUAAGCAGGAGUGGAUGCAGGUAACAGACUUGUGGCAAACAGCAUCGCAGGAGCUUGACCGGCUACAAGAGUUCUACGAUAAAAUAGUCACUAAUGGACUCAAUGCUGAUGUGACUGGACAACAGCUACAGGCAAACUGUAAUUUCUCAAAGACAAUGACGGGACACAGCACAGAGAUGGAGGAUUUACAAAACCAGCUCAGAACAACCAAAACUGAUCUGAGAACAGCCAUCGCCAAAGUGAAUGAGAUGACCCAACAGCUCCAGUCUCUUCAACAGCAGCUAAAGAGACAGGAGGAUGAAACAGAGGCCCGGAGUCGAGAGGAAGCGGCACAGAGAGAAAUCGAAGAGCUUCAGACAACCAUCAAGCAGCAAGAGACCAGAAUAAAAACUGUAUCUCAGGAGGCAGAGACUGCGCUGAAAGAUCAAACUAUGUGGGAAAAUACAGCAGGGAACCUAAAGGCCCGUUGUGCUGCUUUAGAACAGGAGAAGUUUGAAGGUUUGGACAAAGUGCGAGAAUGUGUGCAGAUGGCUGAGGAGGCAGCAUUGCAGAAGGAUGAGGCACAGUUAAGAGCAAAGCAGUUGACCCAGGAGCUUGAGAAGACAAAAAAGAGUUUCCAACAGUUGAUGCACGAUGCUUCUCUUUGUUCCAAUAAAGAGCUCAAUAUUAUGCGUCAGCAGUGCAACAAUGAAAUGCAAAGUAUGGCUGAAGAAUUGUCCCUGUUACAACUGGAAUGUGUGGACAAACAAUCUCAGCUUGAGAGAGCUAAUCGAGAGAGAAAAGCUUUGGAAGAGGACCUGGCAAAGAUGAAGAAAUGCAAGCUUGAAUACGAGCUUGGGAAAAUUGAUGCCCUUCAACAGAGGUGUCUAAAGGCAGAGCGUAUGAAGGAUGACUUAAGCAUCACUUUGCAAAGUACCCAAAGCAAACUAAAAGAAAUGGAAUUGGAGUACAGUGCAGAGUUGUCUCAUUGCCGGGACGAAGUGCAGCUGCUAAAGGGCUAUUUGACUGCAGCAAGAGAGGACUCUGUUAGAAUCAGCUGUGAGCGACUCCAGUUGCAACAAGAGAAUGUUCAAUUUCGCAGAGAGAUGGAUGAGCUGCACAAGGCUUUCUUGCUGGUCCAAAAGAAAGCCAAACAAAAGAUGACACAGAUGGAGCAAGAGCACAUCAUAAAAGAGAAAUUACUAAAAGAAAAGAUGGCUGAACUGGAGGAGAGCAGUUGCAACUCAAGUGCUGAUCUGAUGAGCCUUCUUACUGCACAGCAAAAAAGUAUCCAACGAUGGAAAGUGGAAGCACCAAAGAUGGUCAACGCUUUCGAAUCCAAAAUUAAAAGGCUGACAGAGCAGCUGAAUCAACACCAACAACAUUCAUAUGUGUUUCAGAAUCAGCUCACAAAAAACAACAAUACAAUUGUUGAGUAUGAGAGACAGCUUGCAGCGUUUCAAGAAAAAGCUAAUCUCCAGAGACAAAUCACCGAAUUUGAGGAGAGCACAGUGAUGCCUUCAUAACAGGUACGACUGAUGAUUAACACAGCACAUUGUAGUGAUAUGAUAUGACGACACUGCACUGUCCAUUUGAAUAAAGUAUAUUUGGUGCAAAGGUCAAAAUGACAACAACCCAACCUACAAUCAAUCUUCAUAUAGACUGUAUUUUACUUAACCAGAAGGAGGUUAUUUUAUGACUUUAUACGGCUGUGUUAACUUGUAAAAUACCUUUAAAUGGAAACAUAUGAAAGACCUAAUUACAAUGUUAAUGUUUCUGACCAAACAGGAAUUAAGUUAGCCCCAUUCAGUUCAAAUCGGGUAGUGCUUCUCUUGGCCUAAGACUAUUGCUUCAAAUAGUACAUUUUUUUAUUAUUGUAUGCUCUGUCCAAUAAAAACUAUUGAUAGUUUAUGAAUUUUUUAUGUUUGUGUAACUUAGAUUAAGAUCAGAUACAAUUUUAUGACCCAGUUUAUGCAGAAAGUGAACUGAAGGGUGCUUAAAUUAAUGCAGAUUCUGUUUAUUUUCUUUUCCCGGCAGCUGUGUUUUGUCAUCUCAGCUAGAGAAAACAAGUCUUGAAUCCUCUGAAGCCAAAACAGCCAGACUUGUGUGUUAAACAUAUUCCCAAUAAACACUAUGAAAUAACAAACUCCAGAUGUUUAUAACAUUGGUGUUCAAUGACUGAAAACUGUAGUCUUUCCAGUCCUCAGUUAUUACAGGACAAUUCCCAUAUGGACAGACCCCACACAAUCAUACAUGCACACACCGUGAAGUGAAUUGAAAGAAAUGAAUUCAAAUGAAAAGCAUUGUCUGAAGUUUUCCACCAAUCUUUUUAUAUGUGAUAUAGAAAAUCCAGAAAUGGGUAUAGAAAAUACAAAAAGGUGUGGAGUACAAUUUGCUAAAUUACGUCGUAGAAUAAAGCCAAAAUAAUGUUUCCCUAAUAUUUAAAGAAUGUUUACAUACUGAUGAAAGUGAAUGCAUGGAGCUCUAGGAAAUAGUGUACAUAAUGGAAAGGAUAUGUCAGUUUUUUAAAUGCUUAGGGUUUCCCCUUCCAUAGAUCAGACUCUGGCUGCUCCCAACCGUCCCCCAUGAUGCUUUGAAGGUGAAAAUCACCAAAAUAUUUCAGGGCGUGGCUAAAAGAAAAAGAGAUGGAAAAUAUAAUAUAGUGUAUACAGUACAUACAGUUCAUGUACAGUAACUGAAUUCAGAGCAUAAACGUCUACAUAGGUGUUUUCCGAUAUGCCAUAAUACUAGAUGUCAUAUAAAUUUGUAAAAGGUUUUAAACUUGGUAAAUGCUUUGCAGCCAAUUAAGAAUGUAGUUUGAGGAUAAAAAGAAAUAAUCCUGAUAUUCUCACUGCACAUAAUAAUGUGCAAUAAGUAGGCUGGCACAGUGGACACUUGGUUAUACAGUGGUACCUCAAUACACGAUCGCUUUGACACACGAUCUUUUUGACAUCCGAAGUAAAAUUUCACUCACCUUUUGUUUCUACAUCUGACAACAUGCUCGAAAUACUACCAUUUAUGACAGCGCCGGUGUUACUUCCGUUUUCCUGCAAGACGGACGCAUGGCGGAUUUGCUUGAGAGAGAAAUCAACACGGGUUCCAAAAAGGUUAGUGCAGGUGGUAAAAAAGGAAAAAGGUGACGCUUACCAGUGAAGUAAGGAUGUAAAUGAUAAAAAAAAAAAAAAAAAAAGAUGAGCGUGGUGUGUGCGGCCGUCAACUGGCUCAACAAUACGGCCGUAGAAUGAUCUCAACGGUCCUGUUGAUAGCCAGUCUAUAUAUGAACUAAGGUGACAAUUAUUACUGCGGUAACAUCACCAAAAAAAUCGCCAGCUUUGUCAGGUUUUUAAUCAUUUGUUUCAGAACCUGUGCAACACAACAUGCCUACUGUCCGCCGCAGUUGACGCCAAUUCCCCAACAAAACAAAAAAAAUCUCACUGCCACGUCAGCCACGGGGUGCGUUCAGGUACAGCACGCAAAACACAUCCGCCACAUUAGAACCCGAUUUGUUACAUUAUUAUAUUAAUUAUUAUUAUUAUUAUAAGGUAUUAUUAUUCCGAUUUUUAUUGAUAAUUUGUUUUGCUAUGUAUAAUUGACAUUUGUAAUAGUACCAGCAGUAUUUAUAAAGGAUUAAGUGUCGGUUUUCGGGCUGUGGAACGAAUUAAUGGAAUUAUAAUGUAUCGUUUUGGGAAAUUCCUGCUCAACAUACGACCAUUUCGACUUACAAACAAGGUCCUGGAACUAAUUAACUUCAUAUGUAGAAGUACCACUGUAAUUGCAUCAUUAUUCUGUUGUAAAUUCUGUCAAAUUGGAUGGAUGGAUGGAUGGAUGGAUGGAUGGAUGGAUGGAUGGAUGGA